UCGUUCUCUAGUCUGGUGAAUUAGAUAUUAGUCAAGCCGGGGAGAAUAGUUGUAGCGAGUUUGUCAUUUAUUUUUCUAAGCAAUGUUUCGAUAUUGGAAGAAUGUAUACAGAAAAUACACACUGAAUAACGACCGAGGCGCUAGAAUGGACAACACCGGGUAUUGCAACGAGAACUAUGAAAGUCUUCACAACGCGGCUAGCGAUGAUGAGUUGGUCGAUAUUGCUGGAGCCACGCUCGAUUUCUCCAACACCGAGGACGUGCCCCCUCUAGACCCCGAAUACGGUUCAGGCCAUGACGGCUACGGUAAUACCGGCUACUCUAAUGGUAUGACCGGUAACGGGGCCGGUAGUUCCGGUAACGGUAAGCUGAUGGACCUACUAGACGAGCCGGUACCGGGGGUAGGGACCUAUGAAGACUUCAACACCAUCGACUGGGUCAGAGAGAAGAGCAAGGACCGCGACCGCCACAGAGAGAUCACCAGUAAGAGUGAGCAGUCUACCUGGGCCCUGCUCCAUAGUAUCUGCGAUGCCUUCUCUGGCUGGCUGCUCAUGCUGCUCAUAGGACUCAUGUCAGGUGCUCUAGCGGGCUUGAUAGACAUCUCGGCCCACUGGUUAACAGACCUGAAGGAAGGUGUGUGUCUAUCUAGGUUCUGGUUCAACCAUGAACACUGCUGCUGGGGUUCUAACCAAACCACCUUUCAGGAGAGAGACAAAUGUCCACAGUGGCAGAGCUGGGCUGAACUACUGGCUGGUAGCUCAGAGGGGGCGGCAGCGUACAUAGUCAACUACCUGAUGUUCACGUUGUGUGCUCUACUGUUCUCUUUCCUGGCUGUCAUUCUGGUCCGGGCCUUCGCACCUUAUGCCUGUGGAUCAGGAAUACCAGAGAUAAAGACCAUCCUCUCUGGGUUCAUCAUUAGAGGCUACCUGGGGAAAUGGACCCUAAUCAUCAAGACAAUUACCCUGGUCCUGGCUGUCUCUUCUGGUCUCAGUCUUGGCAAGGAAGGUCCCCUGGUCCAUGUGGCCUGUUGCUGUGCCAACAUCCUCUGUCACCUGUUCACCAAGUACCGACAGAACGAAGCGAAACGUCGAGAGGUGUUGUCUGCAGCCGCAGCAGUGGGCGUGUCUGUGGCCUUUGGAGCUCCUAUAGGAGGAGUGCUCUUCAGUCUGGAGGAGGUGAGCUACUACUUCCCUCUGAAGACCCUGUGGAGGUCGUUCUUCGCUGCGCUGGUGGCAGCCUUCACCCUCCGCUCCAUCAACCCGUUUGGUAACAGCCGACUGGUGUUGUUCUACGUGGAGUUCCACACCCCCUGGCACAUGGUGGAGCUGGUCCCCUUUAUCCUCCUGGGUGUCUUCGGUGGCCUCUGGGGGGCGCUCUUCAUCAGGGCUAAUAUCGCCUGGUGCAGAAGACGUAAGACCACUCGUCUGGGCCACUACCCGGUGCUGGAGGUCUUGGUGGUAACUGGAAUCACAGCCCUCCUCUCCUUCCCUAACAGUUACACCAGGAUGAGUGGGUCAGAACUGAUCUCAGAACUGUUUAAUGACUGUUCUCUACUGGACUCCUCACAGCUGUGUGAAUACAACAGCUCUGAGAACAGGUCUGACUCAGGGGUGUUUAGUGCCACCCUCGCUGAUAGGGCGUUCAGUAACACACUCCCUGAUAGGCCAGCUGGACCAGGGGUGUACACAGCACUAUGGCAACUGGCACUGGCCCUCUUCUUCAAGAUGCUGGUCACCGUGGUUACCUUCGGCAUGAAGGUCCCCUCCGGUCUCUUCAUCCCCAGUAUGGCUGUAGGGGCGAUAGCAGGCAGACUACUGGGAGUUGCCAUGGAACAGAUGGCGUUAAACCAUCACGACUGGAUCAUCUUCAAGGGCUGGUGUUCUCCAGGGGCGGACUGUAUCACACCAGGGCUCUACGCUAUGGUGGGGGCGGCUGCAUGUCUGGGUGGUGUGACGCGUAUGACCAUAUCUCUGGUGGUCAUCAUGUUUGAGCUGACGGGCGGUCUGGAGUACAUCGUUCCUCUGAUGGCCGCGAUCAUGACCUCGAAGUGGGUAGCGGACGCAUUGGGGCGGGAGGGGAUCUACGAAGCCCACAUUAGACUCAACGGCUACCCCUUCCUUGAGACCAAAGAGGAGUAUGGACACAAGACCCUGGCUCAGGACGUGAUGCAUCCUAGGCAGUCGGAACCUCUCCUGGUCGUGCUCACUCAGGAGGGGAUGAGUGUAGGGGAGAUAGAGGGGGUGAUAGCAGACACUGACUACAGUGGCUUCCCUGUAGUGGUGUCACAGGAGUCUCAGAGACUAGUGGGCUUCGUACUGAGGAGGGACCUGGUCAUAUCUCUAGACAACGCCCGUAAGCGACAGGAGGGGGUGGUCAGUGCCUCGUUAGUGUUCUUCUUGGAACACGUGACCCAACAGCCCUUCUCUGGCCCCCCUGUCGUCAAACUAAGAGGUAUCCUGGACCUUAGUCCGUUCACUGUGACAGACCACACCCCCAUGGCGAUAGCUGUGGACAUCUUCAGGAAGCUGGGGCUCAGACAGUGUCUGGUUACACACAACGGGAGGUUGUUGGGCAUCAUCACUAAGAAAGACAUUCUGAAGCACAUGGCUCAGAUGGCUAACAGAGACCCGGACUCUAUCCUCUUCAACUGAGCUCCUCUCCUCCCUCCCUCCCUCUCCAUCUCUCCACUCCUCUAUGGGACUGGCAAAUGAAGACCAUCCUCUUCAACUGAGCUCCUCUCCUCCCUGUUUCCAUCCAUCUCUCCCUACCUCCAUCUCUCCCUACCUCCAUCUCUCCCUACCUCCAUCUCUCCCUACCUCCAUCUCUCCUUCCAUCCACUUCUUUAUGGGAGGAGGACACUGUCUUGCUUUCUCAAUAGGACUCACCUAAAGAAGAGGGGUGGUGGAUACAGUACUAUGGACACAUUUUCUACAAUGAGGAUGGAAAAAUAGGAGAGAAAAUCAUGGAGCGGCAGGAAUCCUAGUGGUUUAAGAGUGUUGGGCCAGUAACUGAAAGGUCGCUGGUUUGAAUCCCCGAGCUGACUAGGUGAAAUGUCUAUUGAGA